UCCAGACAUUCCUGGUGUUCCGCUUUUUGAGAUGGAGGAUUCUUGUGUCUGCUGAAACUUUCCUCUGUGCUCUGGAUGUAUUGUGGAGUUUGCUGUGACAUCCUGUUUCUUGUUACUGUGUUCAAUUUGUGUCAGGAAAUACAAGGAUUAAGCUGCUGUGCUGGCAGAAUGAGAUUAUUUAAAGCUGCUUACAGUCUAUGGGAGAAUGAGCUGUAAAGGCAUUUCUUGUAAUCAGACUCUGGUGAAUUUGCUGGCUUGCUCCAAGGACUGAAUUUCAGUGUAUUUUGUAAAUACCUCUUACAUGCUAAGUGGAAUGUUUCCACACCCUUUGUACCAGCUACCUAAAGGAUUUCAGAUGGGAAAAGAUGGUUUCCAUAAUGUGGGGACCCUGGCUCUGCGUCGGAUUGCAUUGCACCCCCUUCCUCGUGUCCGUGGGCACAGCACCCUUUUGCCUUCCAUGCUGAUGUUUGGAGUUAUUGUGGCAUCCAGUGGUUUGCUUCUCAUGAUUGAAAGAGGCAUUCUGGCAGAAGUGAAAACUCCUCCUCCACGCAGUGACCUGGCAUGGCGCUCUCUGGGCAGAGGGGUGACCAGGGAAAUUAAAGAGGGAGACUUGGAUUUCCAGGUUUUACAAGACAUCAGGAACAGGACUAUAAGUAGUGUCUGUGGGCAGAAAAACAUGCCACAGAAUGUGUGGGAACUCACAACUUCCCAGCGAAAGACAGUUCUUAAACAUAUUCUUGUCAAUGACAAAUACAAAUUUCUUUACUGUUAUGUCCCUAAAGUGGCUUGCUCAAACUGGAAAAGAGUGCUUAAAGUGAUGGAUGGGACCUUGGAAAGUGUUGGUGCAAAAAUAAAAAUGGAUCAUAAGAACGAUCUAGUUUUCCUGGCUGAUUUAAAUCCAGACGAGAUCAAAUAUAGACUAAAAUACUACUUCAAGUUCAUGUUUGUUCGAGACCCAAUGGAGAGAAUGCUCUCUGCUUACAGGAAUAAAUUUGGUGAAAUUAAGGAGUAUCAGCAGAAAUAUGGCAUGGAAAUAGUUAAAAGGUACAGGAAGCAGCCAGGGGACUCCAGAGGAGAUGACGUAACUUUUUCUGAAUUUCUCCGCUAUUUGUUGGAUGAAGACGUGGAAAAGAUGAAUGAACAUUGGAUGCCUAUUUACAACCUCUGCCAGCCUUGCGCAGUUAGAUAUGAUUUCAUUGGGUCAUACGAAAGGCUCAGGGAGGAUGCCAAUCACAUCCUAGAAACUAUCAAUGCCCCAUCUUUUAUACAAUUUCCAGACAGGCAGUCAUGGUAUAAACCAGUUACUAAAGAGACGCUUCAUUACUUCUUGUGUAAUACUCCAAAGGGGCUAAUCCGAGAACUGUUACCAAAGUAUAUACUGGAUUUUUCACUGUUUGCAUAUUCACUACCAAAUGUCACUAUUGAAUACUGCAGAAAAUAGUGUUAGUAAUAAUGAUCUGAUCCCUGAGGUUUUGUGUGUGUAUGUGAAAAACACCUAAGUAAUUCAAUAAAUAUAAAUAUAUAUAUAUAUAUAUAUAUCAUAUAAAAUAUAUGAAUAAUA